CGUGCACUCAGCUGUCAGAAGCUAACUAGCAUCCGUUAGCUUCACUUUGACCUCGGUGAGAACAGAGAGUAAAUAAAUAUGAUAGUUCGAGAUGCUCGCGGUUGUAUUUAGAAGAAGCCCCCUUGCAGCCCGACAGGCGUCGCACUGGCUCGCUCCUCCACGAAGAUGCUGGACCUCGGUCUGGACGGGAGCUCCUGGCCGUGGAGGCUCCUCCCUGCGGACCUGCUGGGCCUCAUCAACCAUGCUGCCACCUCCAGGAACUGGACUGUUGAAACCUCCUGCCGAGCCCUGCCAGGGGACUCAAACCCACCUCUCUCCGUUUGGAGCGAGAACCCAACACUUCCACUCCUCUGCCGUGAGGUUGAAGAAGCGACCGCAGGCUGAGGCCCCUCCCAGGGAGCUGGACCUGCUGCGCUACGACAUGAAGGACUUGUGGAAGAGUCCCAGACCCGCCUUGUACCUGGGCUUUGCCGGGCUGGUCCCCUUCGUGGCCCCGACUGUGCUCAUGGCCGUGACUGAAUGCUACCUCCCCGAACUGGCCUAUGCACAGUUGGCAUACGGAGCCUCCAUCGUGUCCUUUCUGGGUGGAGCUCGCUGGGGAUUCGCUCUCCCUGAGGCAAGCCCCGCCCAACCAGACUGGAUCAACCUGGCCAACAGUGUGGUCCCCCCCCUCUUGGCCUGGGUGGCCAUGCUGAUGAGCGACAGCAUCGUCCCGGCGGCCACAAUGGUUAUUAUGGGCCUGGGAAUCUCGCUGCAUUAUGACCUCUCCCUGCUGCCCACCUACCCCAGCUGGUUCAAGGCCCUGCGCUCCAUCCUGACCGUCGUGGCGUUUCUGUCUCUCGUUGGAACACUCGCCAUGAACGGGAUUUUCCCAGAAAAGAAAAUAUUCUCAGAGUAAUUGUGUAAACAAAAUAUUUAAAAGUGGAAAAAGUCAGAAAAGAGUGAUCUCUGUCUGUGUUAACAACUUUCAAUCAUGUCACAGUGUUGUUGUUUUUUAUAUCUAGCUAUUCUGUAAAAGCCACUGUGUGUAGAAAGUGUUAACUAAAAUAAAAAUAAACCAGCUUUCACAUUUUA